CACAAAGCAAUACAAUAUUCUUUAAGCAAAUCAUUUUUGUAAUAAACUUUGAUGACAAUAAAGCCGAGAUUCCAAUUUAAAUAUCUAGCACUGACGCAACACGUCCACAAUUGCGGCCCACAGACGUUUCUCAUUAGCCGCAAGGGCGGGACCUUGCUGACCAUCAACAACUUCGUCUAUCGCUCCAAUCUGAAGUUUUAUGGCAAGAGUAAUGACAUAUUGUACUGGGAGUGCGUUCAGAAUCGAUCCAUGAAGUGCCGCAGCCGUUUGAAGACCAUCGGCGAUGAUCUCUAUGUAACGAAUGAUGUGCACAAUCACAUGGGCGACACGAAGCGUAUUGAGGCAGCCAAAGCUUCGGGCAUGCUUAUACACAAGAAGCUGAGCUCUCUAACCGCUGCGGAUCGCAUUCAUGGCUGGAAUCGGGCCGAUCAAGUCGAUCAAAUGGUUAAGUUUGAAGGAACGUAGAUAAGUCUAUCGAAUGAGCCUUGGAAUACUUGUUCAACUAAAUACUUACGUCAAGCAUUCACGUGCCUGAGAUUAACGAGGAGCGAAAAAUUUCAACUUAAAUGCAAAUAUGUUUAUU